CUGUAUAUUUCUCUUCUCUUAUUUCCGUCCCAGCUUAGAAAGGAAGGUUGGUGGCAGAAAGAAGAGGAUUGAUCUAGAGAUGGACGAUUCCAAGUCGCAUCAGGCAGGUUCUUCCUAGACUGCCAUGAGUCAGCCACCGUCUGGGGGCGCUGCCCCAGCCGCAACCUCAGCUUCUGCUGCCGCCGCAGCCACGGAGGCUCGACUGCACCCGGAGGGCAGCAGCAGAAAGCAGCAGCGAGCUCAAUCACCAGCUAGGCCUAGGGACAAUUCUCUCCGACAGACCUCCGGGGCCACGCGGUCCCCGCUUGGGGUCGGCCCUAAAGUCAAUUCCGUUCGGCAGCAGCAGCUGCAGCAGCAACAACAGCAGGGUAACAAGAUAACGGGUCGGGGCCCCUCUGGGGCGGGCUCUAGAGGAUGCGGAGGCGGGGCGGAGAAGGCGGCGUCCUCGGUACCCAAAGGGGCUGCUCCAGGAGCUGUCCAGCCGGCGCCUGGUGCUGAAGGGUCCCCCGCGGCGAUCCUAGCGACUGUGAGCUGCAGGAGGCCCGGACCGCCAGAGGAGCAAUCCCGGGAGAUAGAAUCGGGGCCCUCGAAAGUCGGGGAACCCCCUCCACUCGGGGGAGGAGGAGGUGGGGGCGGGGAAGGAGGAGGAGCCAGCGGCGCCCCGGGGGACCGGGAGGGGGGCGCUCCGCAGCCGCCGCCGCCCAGGGGUUGGCGAGGAAAAGGCGUCCGCGCAUCGCAGAAGGGUAACAGCGGCGGGGAGGGGGUCUCCCCUUCACCACCCACCGCUGCUACAAGCAGAGCCCCCGGCCCGGGCAGCAGAAACUCUGGAAGCGGCGUCACAGGGGGCGGUAGCGGCGGUGGCGGGAGCUACUGGAAGGAGGGAUGUCUGCAGUCUGAGCUCAUCCAGUUCCAUCUCAAGAAGGAGCGGGCGGCAGCGGCGGCAGCCGCGGCUCAGAUGCACACUAAGAACGGUGGCGGCGGCAGCCGCAGCUCCCCGGUCGCCGGCUCCCCUGCCAUCUGUGAACCCCUUGUGGUCCCCUCCUCUUCCCCAAUGGCGGCCGCCGCCGAAGGCCCCCAGCAGAGCACCGAGGGCAGCGGCAGCGGCGGGGCCAUGCAGGCGGCCGCUCCACCUUCGUCGCAGCCGCACCCGCAGCAGCUCCAGGAGCAGGAGGAUAUGCAGGAGGAGAUGGAGAAGCUGCGGGAAGAGAACGAGACUCUCAAGAACGAGAUAGAUGAGCUGAGGACCGAGAUGGACGAGAUGAGGGAUACUUUCUUCGAGGAGGACGCCUGUCAACUGCAGGAAAUGCGCCACGAGUUGGAGAGAGCCAACAAAAACUGCCGGAUUCUGCAGUACCGCCUCCGCAAAGCCGAGCGCAAAAGGCUCCGCUACGCACAGACCGGGGAAAUUGAUGGCGAGCUGUUGCGCAGCCUGGAGCAGGAUCUCAAGGUUGCAAAGGAUGUGUCUGUGAGACUUCAUCACGAACUGGAAAACGUGGAAGAAAAACGAACAACCACAGAAGAUGAAAAUGAGAAACUGAGGCAGCAACUUAUUGAAGUUGAAAUUGCAAAGCAAGCCUUACAGAAUGAACUGGAGAAAAUGAAGGAGUUAUCCUUAAAGAGAAGAGGAAGUAAAGAUUUGCCAAAGUCUGAGAAAAAGGCUCAGCAGACGCCCACAGAGGACAAUGAGGACCUCAAGUGCCAGUUGCAGUUCGUUAAAGAAGAAGCUGCCCUGAUGAGAAAGAAAAUGGCCAAGAUUGAUAAAGAAAAGGACAGAUUUGAGCACGAACUCCAAAAGUACAGAUCCUUCUACGGCGAUCUGGACAGUCCUCUACCCAAAGGAGAAGCAGGGGGACCUCCCAGCACCAGGGAGGCGGAGCUCAAGCUGCGGCUGCGGCUGGUGGAGGAAGAGGCCAACAUCCUGGGCAGGAAAAUCGUGGAACUGGAGGUGGAGAACCGAGGCCUGAAGGCGGAACUGGACGACCUGCGUGGAGACGACUUCAAUGGCUCCACCAACCCCCUCAUGAGGGAACAGAGCGAAUCCCUGUCGGAGCUGCGGCAGCACCUGCAGCUGGUGGAAGACGAGACGGAGCUGCUGCGGAGGAACGUGGCAGACCUGGAGGAGCAGAACAAACGCAUCACGGCUGAACUCAACAAAUACAAGUACAAGUCCAGCGGCCACGACAGCUCGCGGCACCACGACAGCGCUAAGACAGAGGCCCUGCAGGAGGAGCUGAAGGCGGCGCGCCUGCAGAUCAAUGAGCUGAGCGGCAAGGUCAUGCAGCUGCAGUACGAGAACCGCGUGCUCAUGUCCAACAUGCAGCGCUACGACCUGGCCUCGCACCUGGGGAUCCGUGGCAGCCCCCGCGACAGUGACGCUGAGAGCGACGCGGGCAAGAAAGAGAGUGACGACGACUCCCGGCCACCGCAUCGUAAGCGCGAAGGGCCUAUAGGUGGCGAGAGCGACUCUGAGGAGGUGCGGAACAUCCGCUCCCUCACACCCACCCGCUCCUUCUACCCCACAACUGGGCCCUGGCCCAAGAGCUUCUCAGAUCGGCAGCAGAUGAAGGACAUCCGCUCCGAGGCGGAGCGCCUGGGAAAGACCAUCGACAGGCUCAUCGCAGACACGAGCACCAUCAUCACUGAGGCGCGCAUCUACGUGGCCAACGGGGACCUGUUCGGACUGAUGGACGAGGACGACGACGGCAGCCGCAUCCGGGAGCACGAGCUGCUCUACCGCAUCAACGCGCAGAUGAAGGCUUUUCGCAAGGAGCUACAGACCUUCAUCGACCGCCUGGAGGUACCCAAGUCUGCAGAUGACCACGGCGCCGAGGAGCCCAUAUCCGUGAGUCAGAUGUUCCAGCCUAUCAUUUUACUUAUUCUCAUCCUUGUAUUAUUUUCAUCACUUUCGUACACAACAAUAUUUAAGCUUGUCUUCCUUUUUACACUGUUUUUUGUACUGUAAGUCUCUCAUCAUUUACCAUUCAUUGUAGUGUUUUCAG